UUAGACAGUGAGUCUGUCCAACUGCCCUUCACAACCACAGGAAAUCUGCCUGAAGAUGUAAAAGCAGAGUGGAUAGACAGAGAGAACAGGAAGGUCCAUGUGUAUAAGAACGGUUCUGACCGGCUUGAAGAACAGGACAAGGUUUACAGAGACCGAACAAAGGUGAAUAAAGACCUGCUGAAAACUGGAGACCUCAGUCUGACCCUGAAAUACCCCACAGACUGGGACACAAAGACAUACACCUGCACCGUCUACAAGGAGGGAAACAUCCUGAUGAAGAAACAAGUGGAGCUGAAAGUCCAAGUCUGUCAGGUGGAGGUGGAGGAGGGGGUGGAGUCUGUCAAGUUGCCCUUCAAAACAACAGAAAACCUGCCUGAAGAUGCCAAAGUGCAGUGGAAGGUCAGUGGUGAUAGGAUGGUCCAUGUGUUUAAGAACGGCUCUGACCAGCAUGAAGAACAGCACCAGUUUUACAGAGACCGGACGAAGGUGAAUAAAGACCUGCUGAAAACUGGAGACCUCAGUCUGACCCUGAAAUACCCAACAGUGAGAGACAGUGGAGAAUACAGAUGUAAAGUCUACGGGAAGAUCAAUAGAUACAAAAAA